GUGGCGGAAUAUUAAUGGUGACAUCUAGUUAGUCGGUUCUGUGGCGUAUUCCGCGAACCGAACAUGCUCGAGGUGGUCAGACGCAUCAGUAUUUUCGGCAGUGGCGUGCAGAACGGCGGCAGUCAGACGAAUGUGCGACGGAGGAAAAAAGUGCGCGACAAUGCCGUGCGAAUCAGACCGCGGAGUUUGUUGUGCAGCGAGCCGCCGGAGAAAGGCUUUAACGAGAGCAAUACUUGGCGGUAUUAUAAAGAGAGGCCCAAAUCAUUUAGGCACAGUUUUUUGGAGGGAGUAGAGGAAGCAGCAGAAGCCAACAUGACAUCGGGACAUUUGCAAAGAGCAGGAAGUGCUUUAACGCAAAAGAAAGAAGGAGAGGAAGAUCGAAGCCUCACUUCCCGAAUGCAGCCUACAAUACCCAUCGAUCAAAUCCGCCAACGUCCAAUGCUGGCCACGCAAAACAACACCUCGUGCGUACUGGCCACUUUCAGUUGCAACGUGGCCUUCGAAUGCUCCUCGCAAUCGCUGACCAGUGUCUGUAUUGCUUGGAUCUGGUUGAAAUCGAUCUUCUCGGUGGGCGACGCCAGACAAACUGUGACUAAACCUUAUUUGAGUUUUGGUGUUUCAUGGUUUCAUAAAUCGACAUACCUAAAAGAUACGCCCCCCAGCGGUUUGGAGAAGAAAUUCAGCCUCGAGUACAUCGAACGAGAAGUUGGCUUGCAAAAAUUCAUACCGCACUUUGAGAAAAAUAAAAUAAAAUCUCUCCAAAAAGCAUCCAGGACCAGCCUUACAAAGAACGUACACAUGAGCGAAUUCGACUGCAUGUUCCAGUACAUGGAAACGUUGAAACACCACACAAACUUCGACCAGGAGAGGUUUGAAGUGGAUUACGGAAGUAGUUUUACCGUGCCUGUGGAGUUGGUGAUUGGGCCGCAUAUUGGGAUACAAGCGUCGCCCACCAAGAAGAUCGAUUUCAACCAGAUCCAAGCAAUACAGACGCUGGUCAGCGAUUGCGAGGAGCAUUCGAAGGCCACGUUGCAACUGAAGGUGGCCAGUACGCACGAGGUGUUGUUUUUUACGUGUCCCAGCGUGGACGUGGCGGAGAGUUUGGCGGAUUUGAUCGAUGGGUAUUGUAGGCUGCAUUCGGGAAGUGAGGCUUCGAUCUGGAAUAAGAAAGCUACUAUUUGGAAACAAUUUCCUUGUCCUUGCAAAGAUUCUGCGCAAGUCAAAAACAGAAGCGGCAAAGACAAGACAUGCGUGAAUUCGACUGGUACGAUGCUGUCGGAAGAUUACGCUGAAAUUGUCGAAGAAGGAGAUUAUUCAGUACCAGCAGUGAAGGAUUACGAACUGGAUCGUAACCAAAUAGAAUUGGGAGAAAUUUUAGGAGAAGGUCAAUUUGGAGACGUCCACAAAGGCCUCGUUCGUACCAAAGAUGGACACAGUGUUCCCGUAGCCGUCAAAACGUGCAAAGGAGAUGCCGACACUACUGAGAAGUUUUUAGAGGAAGCUUUCAUAAUGCAACGUUUCGACCACCCCCACAUCAUCAAACUGAUAGGCUUCUGUUCCGAAACGCCCGUCUGGAUCGUCAUGGAACUGGCCAAAUUGGGCGAGCUUCGCGCCUACCUCCAGAACAACAAGCACCGACUGGACCUAUCCGCGCUGCUCACCUACGCCUACCAACUGUCCACCGCGCUCAGCUAUCUGGAAUCGAAGAAAUACGUUCACAGAGACAUCGCGGCCAGGAAUGUACUCGUUAGUUCGGAUAAGUGCGUUAAAUUGGCCGAUUUCGGGCUAUCGAGGUGGAUGGGGGAAGACCAAAGUUACUAUAAGGCCUCGAAAGGAAAGUUACCUAUUAAGUGGAUGAGUCCGGAGAGUAUUAAUUUUAGGAGGUUUACUACGGCGAGCGACGUGUGGAUGUUUGGAGUAUGUAUGUGGGAAAUCCUGAUGCUCGGCGUGAAACCCUUCCAAGGCGUCAAGAACAACGACGUCAUCGGAAAAAUCGACAACGGCGAGCGUCUACCCCUGCCGGACAAGUGUCCUCCCCGUCUCUAUUCCCUCAUGUCCCAGUGCUGGGCGUACGAGCCUAGCAAGAGGCCCAGUUUCAAGGAUAUUAAGGAAAUCCUCCAGGAAAUACUGCUAGAGGAAAACCAGGCGCAGCAGGAUACGUUACGGCGCGAGACUAGGAGGGUGGCGGCAAUGUCGUGGGGUCCUAUGGAUGAGUCAUGUCCGCCUCCUAAACCUACCAGACACCCGAUGCAAGCUUUGGACUCGUCGUCGCUGGCCUCCCUCGACAUGUCCAAUCCCGUCCCCCAGACCUACAUUGUGGCGCAGAACCCCGAAGUGCUGGCGCACCUGAUGAAGGAGAACGAGACCAGAGGCGUCACCCCGGCAAUGUAUACAGUACCAGCCUCGGUAUUUAAUACGGUAGCGGUAGAUUUCGAUAAAAAAGAUGACAUUCCCGAACCCGUCCUCAAAACCUGCCCCAUCCCCAUGCAGAACCUGCAAAAACUCGAUCCGGAGGUUCCGGACGAACCCCCGAAAUCAGCCGUCGUCGGUUCGGGAACCUUGGAACGCACGCCUUCGCGUACUAGUACAGACGGUUCCGCUUCUAAGAUGGGUUCGUUGGAACGCCGACACGCCGAGGCCACUACCUCUCCUAAACUUAACUCGCUCGAAAGGAACGCGCAAGGCGUGUAUAACUCUCACACUAACCUAGAGAAAACCGGAAUGUUUAGUCCGAAGUUAGGUUCGUUAGAACGCAAACCGAAAAGCUCUUCCCCGAAGUUCGGUUCUUUGGAACGGUCUCAGGGUCACGUUUCGCGAAAAGAUUCCUUGGAAAGGAACGCUGCGAUUCGGGAUAUCGAGUCGCUUCCUAAUUAUCAUCCAGAUCCGGUCAUUUACCACGUGGAGGACCAUGUGAAGAGGUUCGAGGAGAGCAUUUACGAUUUCGGAGGGGCGAACGUGAAGAGCUGCGCACACAAGCAGCAGUUUUUCGUGAAGUCGACGCAGCACGUGGUCGAGCACAAGCCGCAGCCUACCAUUUCAUUGUACAGCAAUCAGUUUUUCGACACUGUGAGGUACCCGUCAUCAGGUCACAUUAAUCACAAUGUCCUGGAACAGCAAUUGCGUCAGCAACAGAUCGAAUCGGAAGAGGAUUCUAGGUGGCUAUUAGAGUCAGAAACAAACCUGAGGAAAAGACUGAGUACGGCAGCGCCCGACGAAACCGAUGAUCUCCUUCACCAGCAGAAAUCUCUCCCCACCAGUCCUCUUAGCUCGUCCAAUCCCCAGUUGGUGACGGCGAUGGGCGAGAUGACCUUGGCACAGAGCGGGAACGGCUUGCAGAGCAGUACGGGCUCCUUGUCCAGCAGCAAGAGUCAUUCUCCGGCAACGUCGCUUAACAACACGCUGGCCAAUCAACAGGCGACGUUCGAAUAUGGAAGCGAUACUGAUAGACCGAGGGAAGUACACCAAAAUCCGACGGCAAACUUAGAUCGUACAAACGACAAAAUCUACGCGUGUACGACGGACGUAGUGAGAGCUGUGAUGUCUUUGUCUCAGGGGGUGCAACAAUCUCAGGCGCAUCAAUAUUUGGACUUGGUGAAGAAAGUGGGUUUAGAUCUCCGGGCGUUGUUGGCCAGCGUCGACCAGAUGGUCGUCAUAUUUCCUCCUUCAGCCAUCAAAGAGGUGGAAAUGGCCCAUAAAGUGCUAUCCAAAGAUAUGGCGAAUCUUGUGAGCGCGAUGAAACUUGCGCAGCAGUAUAGCAGUACGACUUUGGACGGGGAGUAUAGAAAGGGCAUGCUAGCUGCAGCUCACGUUUUGGCCAUGGACUCCAAGAACCUUCUCGACGUCGUGGACGCGAUACGGAUACGUCAUCCCGAGCUCAACCACCAGCCGUACAAGAACGAGGACUACAUCCAAGACCGAUCGGACGACAGUGAACUCUCGUCUUCGCUAGAAAGACCGGAAAAGGUGGACAGAGAACGACAUUUUUCACCCACACCUGUGACUUGUAGCUUCGUUCCUGUCCAGAUGUACAGCAACCAAAUUCAAACAGCUGCGGUUUCGUCGAGUUUAAACGCUAGCCAAGUCGAUAGCUAGUCUGAUUCGGAUAGGUAAAAGUCAUAGACCGGAGGGUUUGUAUAGGAUGAUACUGACGCGUUGAUUUGGUUUAGCUCAUGAUUUUCGAUAAAAUUGAUAAGAUUCAGUUGAUAGAAACUGUUAUUUCUCAUAGGAUGACUUAAAAAUUAUUUCAAAUUCGCUUUGUUUAAGUAGGGAUCUUUUUAAUAUACACUUAGAUGCAAAAAAACGCAACGGAUUUUUUUUUCGUCAAGUUCAAAGUGUUAUAUU